UUUAGGGUUAAUAGUUAUCGUUUCAUGUUCACCUACUCUUUGCCGCUUUCAUCGCAAUUUUGAAGGUACAUGGACGAAGACGGAGAGAAACGUGUUCUUACCAAACGAUCAUGUUCUCCUGAAUCUUCCGACAAAAGAUCUGGUGAUGAAGUUGAUUGGGUAAGAGAUUUGCCCGAAUCUUUGCUUUCUCAUGUUCUCCUGAAUCUUCCGACAAAAGAUGUGGUUAAGAGUAGUGUCUUAUCCACCAAAUGGAGACAUCUCUGGAGGUAUGUUCCUGGUUUGGAUUUAGAUCAUCGUGAUUUCACGGAAUUCAAUGCUCUUGUGAGUUUUAUCGAUAGCUUUCUGAGUUUCAACCGUGACUCAAGCUUAAACAAGUUCAAGCUAAGAAUUUAUAUGGAUAAUGAUCGGGAUGAGGAGACUAAUAAUGCUCAUAUGGCGCGGUGGAUCAACGCUGUUGUUACGCAGAAAGUUCAGCAUCUCGAUCUUACAUGGGCUCCAGUAGAGGUACCUCCAAUACUUUAUAUGUGUAAGAGCUUGGUCUCUUUAAAGCUUUGUGUCGUAGUCUUGCCAAAUCUUGAGUGUAUGUCUUUACCGCAUGUCAAAGUUCUCGAUCUAGAAUGGGUUAUGUAUGCAAAUGAGUUGGCUUUGGAAAUGCUUAUCUCAGGCUGCUCAGUUCUCGAAAGCUUAAGUUUCUGCAAAUGUCCAAUUGACAAUGUAAAAGUUUUACGUGUGAGGUCUCAGUCUCUAUUGAGCUUCAACUAUUACGGCCCCAGUUGCCAUGAGCUUCAUUAUAAAGAUCUAAUAGUUGAAAUUGAUGCUCCCAAGCUUGAGGAUCUCAAGCUCUCUCAUGAUACAACUGCAAGUUUCAUUAUAAAGAAUUCGAGUUCCCUUGUAAAGGCGGAUAUCAAUAUUGAGUUCAACUUUUGUGUGGGAAAAAAGUUUGAUCCGAAGAAUCUGCCAAAGAGAAAAAUGAUUGGUAAUUUUCUUGCCAGGAUCUCUAAUGUCAAAAAACUUAGCAUCGGUCCAUGUACUCUUGAGAUCAUUUAUGAUUACUCAAGAUGUGAACCACUGCGUUUAUUUCGUAACCUAUCUUCCCUGAGUGUUAACUUCUAUGACGACAGAUGGGAGAUAUUGCCAUUCUUUCUUGAGUGCUGCCCGAGUAUAAAAUCUCUUGUCGUGGACUCUACUUAUUAUCCAAAGGAGAGAACUAAUAUUUUAUCUCGACCUCGGCGUCUCCUAUCAUCUCUCGAGUAUGUUAAGAUACAACCGUCAUUGGACAGGAUGGAGAUGAAAUUAGUGAGUUACUUACUUGAGAACUCACCAAUCCUCAAGAAAGUGACUCUAUGUUUGGAAGGUUGUUCCAGAAAGGAAUCUGUCAUCCUCAGAGAACUCCUUACCAUUCCAAGACGCUCUAGCUCAUGCCAAGUUGUCGUCCUCUGAUCCUCCUUGUUGACCGAACAUAUAAGGUUGUGUUUCUGUACUUUUAUUAAUGUGAACUCUGUGGUUUCCUUGUCUAUUAUGGUGACUUUGUUGUGUCGUAGAUCUGUAAGAAGAUCAUAUGUUUGUCUUAAAUGUUUCAAUUGAA